AUGGAUCCUUCGUUAGUAUUAUCUGGAAUUCACUCGGCAACUUUUUUUCCACUGCAGGGAUGCUUUUCCCUUGUCUUCGCCGCUCCAAAAUGUGAAGACAAUUCCGAACAUUCCCACGGUCUUGAAGCAUUCCAGGAAUGGAAAGAAACGUUGUCUUUGAGUUCAAAGAUGGUACUGACUCACAUGCUACUAGUGUUUGAGAAUGUGGCAAGACGGGAAUUGAGCACUCCUGAUGUUGACCUUCUACACUUUCGUUGCACUCCAGGUGAAGCAUACACCUUUCCAUGUCAACAAUGGAAAUGUUGCACGAUUAUUGAAAAUGAUACAGCAUCUCGAGAAUACAUGAUAUUGCAUCCAAUGGUAUUGGAGUCCAAGGACGACAAGGGUGUGGAGGGAAGCGAAGCCCCUGAGGAGGACAAGGAAAAUGAAGCCUCCAGCACUCUGGAAGAGGAAGAAGACUCCAAUGAUGAUGACUGCAAUGAUGAUAUGAUGAUGAUGAAGACUUGGAUGAAGACGAUGAUGACAACGACGAUGAUGACGAUGAAGUAA